AGGGCAUGGGAGUGGCCGGUUCUAAUAUCGAGCGGACGGCUUAGCGCAAGUUCCUACUUUAUUCGUAUCCAUUACUAUGACGUUGACAACCGGAGACGCAUUUCAAAAUGGGUAAAAGGAGGCGGUGGGAAAUAUUUAUAUGAGCACAAUGAUGCAGGCUGUCCCAAAUGAAAAAAGGGAUGGCAUAGCAGCUGCACAAUUAUGUAAAUCUUUAAAGUUCAACAAGUUGACAACAGCAGAAAAGGCAGACAGCCCUUUAAAGUACGGUUGUGAUGACUAUUGGACCUGGAACAGACAUGACAGAAGUCACGAAGUCCGACUUUAUGACAAUGGCUUAAACAUUGCACAUUUUCACCCUAACUGGUCAUCAGGAACAGCAGCCGUAAGAGGCACUCGUGUUCUCAACAACGGGAGGUAUUAUUGGGAAAUCAGAAUACCUCAACGGGUAUUUGGGACAAGUAUGAUGUUCGGUGUAGCGACAGAGUCAGCACGAGUUCAUGUGAAUGCUUUUGUCAACCUGAUUGGAGAAGAUGAAAACAGUUGGGGCCUGUCACAUAAAGGUCUUGUGUUUCACUCCGGCAAGUGGGCAUAUUUUACAAAGCCAUUUAAAGAAAAUGAACCAACAACUGUCGGAAUUCUUUUCGAUGGCAUUGCAGGAACGAUAACGUUUUAUAAAGAUGGCAAAUGUCUAGGUGUGGCUUUUAAAAAUCUCCAUAAGGUGACAAAAAAUUUGUACCCGAUCAUUUCCUCUACAGCAGCUAAAACUGAAAUGGUGUUGGUCACUAUGAAACGUGAUUUUGUUAAUCUACAGGAUAGAUGUCGAGCUGUAAUUAUUUCCCAGCUAGACAAUCCUUCUGACCUGGAAUCAGUUCUGCCUCGUAAAAUAUUUGAAUACCUUGCCGAAGCAAUGCACAGAACAACAGAGCCUUCGAGAAAGUACUAUGUUCUUGAUUAUUAGAUUCCUUAACAUAAGGAAAAACAAUGCUUAAUCAUUUUGGUAAUUUUUAAAUCUGAUAUCCAGGGUAUUCUUUGUUGUAAGUUUUUUUGUGUGUGCAAAUAAUUGUUUGUAAAUAAUGAUUGCUGUAAAUAAAACAGAAAUGUACAAAAAUAUUUUGCAUACUUAGAUAAUGUUAACAACUAUUAAAAAACCAAACAUUUACUUUUCAUAACAACAGCUUCCAAAUGUAUUGCAAUCAAUUUUGUAAAAUAUUUUGUCUUUUAAACUAUUUCCCGCCCCCUUCAUAUUACAUUACAAAUUUUAGGUUUAAAAAUGUGAUAUAUAAUUAUGGACUACCAUUUACAAAAUUGUUCUUAUUGAUACAUUAGAGUGACUCAAAAUAUGGCCGUAGAUGUGCAAUAAUUGUUUAAAAAUAAUAAAUUAGAAGUGUUCAAUAUUAGAAGAAUUAAAACAUUCAGAUUUGGCUGGAAGUGAUAUCGUACAGAUCUAUUUUGCACAAUGUUCCUUCAAUGUAAAUAUUUAAUGGAAUAUUCUAAUUAUGACAAAAAAAAAAAAAAAA